AGCUGGAGACGCUCUGACAGAACUCGGAAUAUUAGACCCGAUGGGGCCUAGAAUGUCAGAAUCGUGAGGGAGUUAUAAUGGCAGAACACAGAACACUAGGACAUAAAAUGCCAGAGACAGGAAGGGGGCCUGAGAAAGAUGGCAAUGUCAGAAGUGAAGUGGACCUUGUACACCGGCUCCUGGAUCUGUAACAGUCCCAAGAAGAGGGACAAGAUUUCGUUGGAGAACGGAAAGGAAUGGAAAAGUCAAUGGGGGAGCCGGGUGGGGCGGGCACCCGGAGCCGAGGUAGGGAUGCGACUGAGGGACCGGUGGCCACAGGACCCGGUCUAGGAUGAGAGUGAGCAGGACCGGGCUUAGCGCGGAGGCGGAGAUCCGCGGUCCUGCGGCCUCUCUUAUUGGCUCUGCUGCCCAUCGCCCCGCCCCGUCCUCGGCCGCUAUAAGAGGCCCCUUGGCGUGCGCUCCUAGGAGGAGGGUCUGCCGGGGCGCAGUCGCUUUCCCUGGUCUCCGAUCCGGUUCCUCGGAGGAGUCUCCGCAGCAGCUUUCUCCGGAGGGAGCCCAGCUGGGGGGCGGCGGGAUGCCGGGGUGCCGCAUCAGCGCCUGCGGCGCAGCGCCCCGCCCGGGAGAGCCGCCGCCCCCUCCCCUUCCUCUUCCGCCGCCCUCCUCUCCCGCUUCUUCGGACCCCGCGGAUGAGCCGGGCUCCCCGCCUCCGUCACCACCCCCUCAGCCCCCUCCGCAGCCCCAACCCGCAGCCCCCGGGACCGCGACGUCGGCGGCGGAGAAGGGCGCGGGACGCGGCUUGGAGCUGCAGCGCUGGCGGCCCGGGGGGCACGGCGCGGCGGGCGCGGCGGCGGGCAGCCGGGCGCUGGAGCUGGCUGAAGCUCGGCGGCGGCUGCUGGAGGUGGAAGGCAGACGGCGGGUGGUGUCGGAGCUGGAGAGCCGGGUGCAGCAUCUCCAUCGCGUCUUUCUGGCAGCCGAGCUGCGCCUGGCGCACCGCGCCGAGAGCCUGAGCCGCCUGGGCGGCAGCGUCUCCCAGGCCGAGCUCUACCUGGCUGCCCACGGGCAGAGGGCCAAGAAGGGGCUGCGGCGCGGCAAGCGGCCCCGCCCGCCCGCCCUGCUCGCCUCGGCCCUGGGCCUGGGCGGCUGCGUGCCCUGGGCCGCCGGCCGCCUGCGGAGGGCCGGGGCCGGGGCCGGGGCCGGGCCCGCCGCCGCUUCCCCCGAGCCCGACUCCCCUUUCCGCCGGAGCCCACCCCGAGGCCCGGCAUCCCCCCAGCACUAAGGCCGCGGAGGAGAAGGGAGCCGCCGCCGCGGACGGACGCCAGCUGGAGCCUUUGGAUAGACGCAGCGGCCGGGCGGACAUUGCGGGGACCGCGGGGGUCCUGAACGGGACGAGCACAGCUGAGCUAGCUUCUCCGGGUGGAGCAUUUGGUGGGCCCCUCUCUUUCCCUCCCCUUUCUGCGGGAGGCAACUCUUAGAACCAAUAAAUCUAUGGGCCCUGGGCCUGUUCCCCUCCCUCCCCCCUGAGGCUUCCUCUCCAGGAUUGGACUGCAGAAGAAUGGGGUUGGUGAGCGAUGGGGCCUCAUUUUGCAGAUGGGCAAAAUGAGGUGGGUGUGUCCCAGAGUUGCAGAACUAUAAGGUUUGGGCAGCCCAGCUUGGUAUUUGGGGGUCCCAGGUUCAGUACCUUGUCCUCUAUGUGUCCCACCCCAAGAAGAUAUUCAGGGCAGUCAUUAUACCCUUAAAUUUAUUCUGUGUCCAUAUGUGCUUCCUGAGAAUCCCAAGAAGUAGCAAUGUAUAUUGGAUUUCUGGCAGCACUUACAUCCUCAGGAGGGCAAAGGAGCUCUUAAAAGCUCCCUAGGAUGGAGAGCUGGGCUUUGGUUAGGGGAAGGAGAAGGGUUGAGAGGAGCUGAUAGAAGAUCAGAGCCCAUCCAGCCCAUUAGAGGCUUAGCUCUGCCCUUUGCUAGAUGAGUGACCUUGAGUCAGUCACUGCCUUGGUCUGAGAUUUCCACUACCUACCUCAUGGGCAUAUUAAUGAAGAAAGCACUUUUAAAAAUGCCAGAGAGAAGUGAAAUGUUUGUGCUGAGUGAAGAAAUAGGCCCAGAGGGGGGAGGAAAGGCUUUUCCAAGGUCAUUCUAGCCACUUCCUGGUAGAAUUGGGACUAAAACCCAGGUGUCCCCAUAUUCUAGUUAAGGACUCUCCCUCCUUUCCUUCCUCUACUUUCUCCUAUUGUUACUAUCUUUCCCUCCUUUUUUCCAAGUGCCCCAGGCCUGAGCAGGCCCUGGGUGCUAUUUGAAAGCUGCCUGGGGCUGCAACUAUGCGGCUGGCUUGCACCUGAGCCAGGUCUCUGGGCCUUUUGUCAAUUCUCCUGGGUCCCCUUGCUCUGAGCUCUGCUGCCUGGUAACUUCCAGCAUAGCACAGAGCUGGCAUCCUGAGCAGGAGAAGCUGAGCCAGGGCCCCCUGGGAUUACUGACUCUGAAACAGCUUGGAAAACUCCCUGACCUAGGUGGGGGCCCUGAACCUUCAUGGCCCCUCUUUUCUCCAGCUAUCAUCUUGGGUAUACUGAGCUGAUAUGGCAUGGGAGGCAAAGAAGUGAGCCUCUUGGGGGAAGGGGAAGAGCCUGAAUACCUUGGACAAGACCCUUUCUGGGCUAACUCUUGCCCUUUCCACCUGGAGGGGUUGGAGGGUGUGCAAUGGCACACAGGAUGAACGCUAACUAAAGGCAGGAGCUAUUUCAUCAGGAGACCUGGCUUCAAAUCUCGGCUCUCUGUUUGGUGCUAGCUGUGUGACCUCUCUAAAUGGUUCAGCCUCUCUGAGCCUGUUUUCCUCACCUGCUAAAUGCUUCCAAUUCUAACCUGCUAUGUUCUGAGGUCCUUUGCUGCUCUGAAAUAAUUCUAUAAAACCACUUCUGUCUGA